CUGCAAUGUGUUUGUAAAUCAUUGUUUUGUGUCGUAUGACCGCUGGAGCAAUAUGUCGGUAUAUAGGGUAUGGAGAUACGAGGGGCAUGUCAGACCGGUCACACAUGGCGGUGACUACAAAGUUGGUGCUUUUAACGGGCUUACUUUAUUCGGCAGUUCAGGGCCAGUACUAUGCGUCACCAUACCCGUCGCCCCUGGUCGCUUCACCAUAUGCAGCACCAUGCAGCUGUGCAUCACCAUCGAUAGCCCUGUCAGCACCUGCGAGCCCUAUAUACGUAUCUCUUCCCAGCCCUCCGCCGAUAUGCGUUACUCCACCCCCGCUUCCACCAUUAGUAAUAGAGAUGCCGUUACCCCCACCGAUGACGUUCGCACCUCCACCUAUGCCUCCUCUAUGUAUCACUCCUCCAGCUUUACCCCCGCUGACGGUAACACCGCCGCCGUCACCCCCUAUGUGCGUCACUCCACCUCCGUUACCCCCUAUGUGUGUCACACCUCCAGCUCCACCAGUAAUGUAUGUCAAUCCUCCACCACCACCUCCUAUUUUGAUAGAGCUCCCGUGUCCCGCUCCUAUUAUGAUUGAGCUGCCGCCUAUUAUGAUACAACCUCCUCCGCUACCGCCUGUGAUGGUACAGCCUCCUCCGCUUCCUCCUCUACCUGUUCAGCCUCCAGCACCAGCUCCAAUGAUGAUUCAACCACCUCAGCCUCCUCCGAUGUACAUCCAACCGCCUGCGCCUUGCCCGAUCACUAUUCAACCUCCUUGUCCUGAACCUAUUUACGUACAGCCGCCUGCUCCUGCCCCUGUAACUGUUCAACCUCCACCAUUACCUCCAAUUUGUGUCCAACCUCCUCCCCCACCUCCCCUUUGCAUCCAACCUCCUCCCAUCGAGCCUUUCUGUCUCCAACCUCCGCCUCCACCCCCAAUCUGCUUCACUCCAUCUCCUUGUCCAGCCGCUCCAUCGUGCGGCUGCUGCGGCAUGCCACCAACAGCGCUGGUUGCUCCUAUUUAUUUAUAAUGCAACAAAAAAGCUAAUUUAUAUAAGUGUACUUACCAUGUGAUAAAAUUGUUAUGUUAUGAAUACACGGAAAUAAAGUGUCUUGUUAAUUGUA